AUGGACAUAUGGAAUCCAAAAUCAAAACAAAUUCGCCUGGGGAUGUUUUUCAAGUCCAAACAGGAUGUGGACCUUGCUGUUCGAGAGUGGAACAUUCGCCGAGGAAGGGAAAUAUUCGUGGUGGAUAGCAAACCAACUUUAUACAAAGUUAAAUGCUACACGAGAAACAAAAAUUAUAAAAACCCUUUCCUGGUGCUCCUGUUUGUGAAUGGCGUGCAACCGCAUCAAAGCAAGAACUCCAACACUUGUGGCAGAUUACCAACUGGGGCACCUGCCCACAGUUGUUAUUCAACUGUGGUGCGCAACAACAACAGGUGCCUUAGAUCUAAGGAUAUCGGUGCAAACAUCCUUCCACAAAUUCGUACAGACAUCGCGUUUAAGGUAAAACACAUAAGGACGUUCAUAAAGCAAACCAUGUCCGUCGAUGUUAUGUAUACAAAGGCGUGGCGGGGUAGAAGAAAGGCAAUUGAGAGGAUAUAUGGAACUUGGGAUAGCAACUUUGCGGAGCUCCUGAAGUACGUGUUACGGCUUCAGUCUCGAAACCCUAGUACGGUGGUUAACUGGUUUCAUCACCCACAUUCGGCUCCAGGACAUCCAACAUUCAAAUAUGUUUUUUGGGCCUUCGGUCCCUCUAUUAGUGCAUUCCGUCUAUGCCAGCCUGUAAUCUCCGUGGAUGGCACACACUUGAAAGGUCCAUACCGCGGCAAGUUGUUGGUUGCGGUAACCAAAAACGCCAACAACUACAUAAUGCCAUUGGCGUACGCUCUGGUUGACGAAGAGACUGUCCAUAGUUGGUGUUAG